AGGCGUUUUCCAGGUGUUUUCUUAUGCGCACCAAUAAUAACUGUGUGACACAAGGACACCCCGUUAUCGCGACGUUAACAGGUAGCCAAGGGAACUGACAGCACUGAAUGAUUUGUUAUUGAUAUCCUGGGAACCCAGAAUACUCUUAAAAGUCAUCGAUCUGGAAGGAGGGUAUCUUUCUCACGGAUUUGAUGGAUGUUUGAGCGGUUGGUGAUGCCCAUUUAUAUCAUCGAUCGCAAAUUUCCAGAGACACCUGGUGAGUUUCUACAGGCUGCCCCAGAGGGACAGCAGACCAUGGCUGACAACAACACUCAGAAAAAAAAGCCCCACUGGACAUCACUGGAGAUUGGUCUUCUGACAAUUGUAUCGCUGCUGUUUGUCAUUAUUGUGGCCCUCAUCAUCCUCUUCAUCACACAGAGUGGCAAAGAUGGAGUCUGCAUAACAGCUGACUGCACACAGUCAGCAUCCCGCCUCAUUGAGAACAUGGACCCCACGGUCAACCCCUGUGACAACUUCUACCAGUAUGCCUGUGGUGGCUGGCUAAAGAAGAACAUCAUACCUGAGACCAGUUCACGUUACAGUACCUUUGACAUUCUCAGAGAUGAACUGGAGGUGAUACUCAAAGGAGUGCUGGAGAGAGAUGAGAGUGGAAGCAGUAGCUCACUGACCAAAGCCAAAGUCCUCUACAGGUCCUGCACUAAUGAGAGCCUCACUGAACAGAGAGGUGGGAUGCCUCUGCUUACAAUGCUGCCAGAUGUCUUUGAGUGGCCUAUAGCAACAGAUGAUUGGGACACCAACUACGGAAUGAAUUGGAGAGCGGAAGAUGCCAUAGCCAAACUGAAUGAGAAAUAUGGAAAGCAAGUCCUAAUUAGCUUUUUUAUUGGUACAGAUGACAGAGACUCCAAUGCGCACAUCAUUCAUUUUGAUCAGCCAAGACUUGGCCUCUCCUCAAGAGACUACUAUGUGUGCACGGGGCCAUAUGAGGAGGCCUGUGUGACAUAUGAGAACUUCAUGACUGACUUGGCAAAGCUUAUCCGGACUGACCGGGGUCUGGAGGUCAAUGACACUAAUAUCAGGCAAGAGGUUGCCCGGGUGAUGAUGAUGGAAAAGGAAAUAGCUAAUGCGACAGACACACAAGAGGACAGAAACAACCCGGUUCUACUUUACAACAAGAUGCCUCUGGAGACCCUAAACAACAACUUCACUCUGGAGUUUGAUUCCAGGGUGUUCAACUGGACACUCUUCACUAAUAAAAUCAUGGACACAGUUGGCUUUCCCAUUACAGACAGUGAGGAGGUUAUUGUGUAUGCCCCAAACUAUUUUAAGAGGCUCAACCCUGUCCUUGCCAAGUACACAAAGAGGGACAUUCAGAACUACAUUGUAUGGCGUUUCGUUAUGAAUCUGGUGGUUGGUUUGAGUAGGACAUACAGGGAGACCAGGAAAGCAUUCAGAAAGGCUAUCUAUGGGACCACCUCUGAACCAGCAGUAUGGAGACAGUGUGCCAUCUAUGUGAACAACAACAUGGAGAAUGCUGUGGGGAGACUGUAUGUGGAUGAAGCCUUUGUAGGAGAUAGCAAAGACAUGAUGGAUGAGAUGAUCACUAACAUCAGAGAGGUAUUUGUGAGUAAUCUGGAAGAUCUAGCCUGGAUGGAUGCUGAAACUAAGAAAGCUGCAGAGGAGAAGGCACGAGCAAUCAGAGAAAGAAUUGGUUUCUCAGAAAAUAUCAUGAACAACACAUACCUGGACCAGGAAUACGAAGAUUUAAGCUAUAAUGCAGAAGAAUACUUUGAGAACAUCCUAAAGAACUUGGAGUUUGGCCAGAAGAAACGCUUAAAAAAACUGAGAGUCAAAGUGAACAAAGAAGAGUGGAUCACAGGAGCUGCUGUGGUCAAUGCAUUCUACUCAUCUAGCAGAAACCAAAUAGUAUUCCCUGCAGGUAUUCUUCAGCCACCGUUCUUUGGUAAAGGUCAGCCCUGGUCUCUGAACUAUGGUGGCAUUGGGAUGGUCAUUGGGCAUGAGAUCACUCACGGCUUUGAUGACAAUGGACGGAAUUUUGAUAAAGAUGGCGACCUCAAAGACUGGUGGACUCCAUCUUCAACUCAGAAAUUCCAUGAGCUUUCCAAAUGCAUUGUGGACCAGUAUGGAAGCUACUCUUGGGAUUUGGCGAAUGGACAAAAUCUAAAUGGGAAUAAUACCCUUGGGGAGAAUAUUGCUGACAACGGGGGCAUUCGCCAGUCUUAUCAAGCCUACCAGAACUAUGUGAAAAAACAUGGGAAAGAAGCUCCUCUGCCUGGAAUUGACCUCAGUCACGAGCAACUCUUUUUCCUUAACUUUGCACAGAUUUGGUGUGGAACACACAGACCAGAGCAUGCUGUCAACUCCAUCAAAACUGAUGUCCACAGUCCAGGGAAGUUUAGAGUUCUUGGGUCAUUACAGAACUUCCCAGAGUUCGCUAAAGCCUUCCAGUGCCAGAAAAACACCAACAUGGUGCCUGAGAAGAUUUGCAGAGUGUGGUGAUAGCUCAAAGAACAGAAGACCGGGGUUAUAUUGAGGGCCUGUGGUCUGUAUACCCUCUCACCUCUCUGCUGACUCUUAGACCACUGUGGCAGAUUCUGAUAAAUGUUCUCAACGAUGUAAGUUAUGGCCACUAUGCUCAACUCCACCAGAGCACCUGAGCCAUAUACAGAGAGGGGGAGCUGACUCAAUACACUCCUACAAGCACCGGCCAACUUAUUUGAUUACAGUUUGUGAGAUCAUUACUUAAUUCAUGGCUCUUACUGUUUUAUACACUAUGUAAAGUAAGUCUGAAGUAUAAAGUAAAAAGCAAAACAACAAAAAAACAAAACAAAUCUAAAGUAAAGAUUAUGUAGAGAUACUGUCAAAAAUGAUCACAUAAUGUUAAUCAAGUAAACUGUGAAUUUGAGAUAUCAGUAGCAUUAUGUAUAUACAUAUUUAUCACAAUACUAGUAUACAUCCACUGCUUAUAGUGGUCAACUUGAUUAGAUUCAGUAAGUAACUAAAGCAACCCCAAAAUGCCAAGAAUAUUAUGUAUAGUACCAUGGGAGUUAAUAGAUAUUUAAGUGAUUUCCAAGAAAAUUGUUCAACUCUGUAUUCAUUUAUCUGAAUAGCAAAUUUUCUAAUUUGUACACAGCACAUUGUAAUUUAAAAUAUGUAGAUUCAUUUGUAAUUUGUGUAAUUGAAUUAAUUUUCCUUAGAAAAUUUGCUUAUUAUGAUACAAGAUUAACUGGGACAUUUUCUGUAAAUCAGACACUGAAUGUUUGAUUUGAAAAUCCCAAACAUGACAAGACGGAUAGACGUAUUAAAAUGCAAAGGUGUCUGCUUACAUUAUUUUAAUGUGUUUGGUGUGUGUUUGUGUUAUUUUUUCUUCUUUCAAUGUGCUGGCCUUGAUAUUUGCUUGUAUGAAUGGGUGUGCAUGUGACAAAUAAUGUCAUUCUGUCAAGCGUCAUUGAAUUAAAGCCUUAAAAUGUUUUUAAUUCUAUUGUUUUCAACAUUUGUCAAUGUUUUCAUACGAUGUAGAGGACUAAAUUAAUCAUACUGAGACCAGACAGUAUGCAGACAGUAUGUUUAUGCCAAAGAUUUUUUACACAUAUCCUUACUUUUUUUUUUUUUUAAGAAAAAAAAAAUCAAUAUAUAUUUUAUAUAAUUGUUUCUGAAAUGCUGGUCCCAACAUACCUAUUACAUCUUCAUUAGCAAUGACACAAACUGCCAAAUUAAUGUUUUUUUUUCUUUUUCACAUUUUUGAAAAUGCAGAAGCUUGUAUUUGUGAUAUUGUUAGUUAUCAGGUAUAGUAACUGUACAUUACAUUAGCAGUACAAGAUAUAUUCAUUUUCGUGGGCAUAUGGAUACUGUACGUUUAAAAACAAAAGGUUCAAAGGAAUUUAGCCUGAAAGCUCCUCUGUGCUGUGUCAACAAAAACAUCAAAAUGCUGCUGGUUUUUUUCUUUACCUUUUUGUUCUAUUCUUUCUAUUUGAUCCCAGGGGGUGUUUCUUCUCAGUAUUAUUUGAUAUUUUACAUCUUUGCACAUAGUUUUUUCCCUCUCAUAAAAUACAGUUCACCAAAAUCCAUCUCAACCGCUCCACAGACCAAUA